AUGUGUCAUCAAUGUCAGAGAAAUGAGAAUGGGAGAGUUGUUCGUUGCAGAGGGUGUUCAGAAAGGGGAGAGAGGAAGCGGUAUUGUAUUCCUUGCAUAAAGAAAUGGUAUCCCAAUUCAUCAGAGGAGGAUUUUGCCGAGGCUUGUCCUGUUUGCCUUGGGAAUUGUAAUUGCAAAGCGUGCUUGUGUUUGGAUGUGCCUCUGAGAUGCUUCAAGAAUCGAGACUUGGAGAUUGGGGAAGACGAGAGGCUAGAGCAUUGUAAGUAUUUGGUGAAUCGGUUGCUUCCUUAUUUGAAGAGGAUUAAUGAUGAACAGGUGAGUGAGAUGAAGUUUGAGGCUGAGAAGCAAGGGUUGGUGGAGUUUGAGGAGAUGGAAAUUGAAAAGUCUAAUUGCCGUGUUGGUGAGAGCAUGUAUUGCAACAACUGCAAGACUUCGAUUUUCGACUUUCAUAGAAGCUGUCCUGGAUGCCAAUAUGAUCUGUGUCUUAAGUGUUGCCGGGAGAUUCGGGGUGGACAGUUGAAGGGAGGUGGGGAGGAAAUGGUUGAGAAAUAUGGAAAUCGGGGAUUUGAGUGUUUCGAUGGUGAGGGAAAGAUUAUUCAGAGGAAUGGUGUGGGAACUAGGAGGUUGAGGUCUUCUUCUGCUAUAAAGUCAGAGUUUGAAUGGAAAGCAGAUAAAGAUGGAAGCAUUCGUUGCCCCCCAGAGCACAUGGAGGGUUGCGGUAAGUAUUGUUUAGAACUUAGAUGUUUGUUUCCUGGAAAUAAAGUCAUGGAAUUGGUAGAGAAAGCUGAAAAUAUAGAUGAGAGCUAUCAAAUUUUACAUGUUAGUAGUGAAACUUGUGAAGAAAGUUGUUCAUGUAUAAACCCGGUGGAUGAUGUGAAGUAUAGAAAAGCAGCUUGUAGAGGUGAUUCGAAGGACAACUAUUUGUUCUGUCCAAGGGCUGAAAGCAUUCAACCCGAGGAUUUUGAGCAUUUUCAGAGGCAUUGGAUGAGGUGUGAGGCUGUUAUUGUGAGCAAUGCGCUUGAAAAUGGUUCAGAGUUGAGUUGGGAACCCCUAGUCAUGUGGAGGGCUUUUCGUCAAGUUAAUAAUACUAAGCAUGAAAAGGAUGUGGAAGUUCAGGCCAUUGAUUGCUUGGAUUGGUGUUUCAUCGAUGUCAAUAUGCACAAAUUUUUUACUCGAUAUUCUGAAGGCAUGUUUUGA